AUCAUGUAUCAAAUUUGGAAGGGACUGGCAUUUGAAAUUUGCCAAUUCGCGUAUUAAGAAUAAUUAUGGCACAUGUCCCUUCAGGUAUUCCGUAGUUUGUACAGGAAGUAAACAGAACAUGUAUACAACACAUUUAACGUAUAAUUUUUUUCUCUUGUUUUAAUAACGCUUUACCUUAGUUUAACAGGAAAACUUCAUUGAUAUUUAGAUGCUUAAAAUACAGGGUUUACAUGGCGAGGGAUUUUUUCGCAGAAUAUUGCAUUGUCAGUAAAUUAAAUCGAAUAUUAGUUACUAAAUGAUGUAGUAACCGUACAGUACCCAAUUUCGGAUAUUUGAUCUAUUUUUAAAUGCACUUUGAACUAGCGGUUAGAGAUAAACAAACGGGUCAAAGUAAUGCUGUAUAGUGAUACUGAUAACGAAGAUUUUGAGCUUCACGACUUCGAAUGUCAGACGAGCAAUCACUUUUAGUCCAGACUUCAGCAAGGAUGGGUCGUGCUCAAUAUAGCUCGGAUUCUGAAAAAGAGGGCAGUAUUAAAAUAGAUACAAAAAUGGACCAAAAGGAAAGAAGCACACCAUGCUUUGUGUUUGUACUUUCAUUUUUCUCAGCAAUUGGUGGAUUUUUAUUUGGUUAUGAUACUGGUGUGGUCUCUGGAGCUAUGUUGCUAAUUAAAGAUCGUUUCCAAUUAACUUCAAUUAAAGAAGAAGUAAUAGUCAGUGUGACAAUAGGAUUUGCUUUUAUAUUUGCUCUAAUUGGAGGCUGGUUAAAUGACAGGUUUGGUAGAAAGAUGACGACUAUUUUAGCAAGUAUUGUGUUCACAGUUGGGGCCGUAGUCUUGGCUGCAGCUUACCAAUUUUGGAUGCUGGUGCUUGGUAGGGCCAUUCUAGGCAUGGGAAUAGGCAUGGCGUCCAUGACGGUGCCCGUAUAUAUUGCUGAAUGUGCACCAAUGUCUAUGAGGGGCCGUUUAGUAACCCUCAAUACACUCUUCAUAACUGGUGGACAAUGCAUUGCCAGUAUUAUUGACGGUGCAUUUAGUUACGACAAAGAACAUGGAUGGAGAUGGAUGUUAGGCCUUGCUGCUGUGCCGUCUAUCGUACAGUUUAUCGGGUUUAUUUUCUUGCCAGAAAGUCCUCGUUGGUUGAUUGCUAACGGAAAAAGUGAUACAGCUCGAACAGUUCUAGUAAAUAUACGAGGGACCACAGACAUAGAAUCAGAAUUGGAAGAAAUCGAGGCAACUGUUGAAGAAGAUAGGCUGGAAAAGGAAAAAGCAGGUUCAAAUGUAUUUAUGAAGAUAUUGAGGACUCCGCCUGUAAGGAGGGCCCUCAUUGUGGGGUGUGGCUUACAACUUUUCCAGCAACUUUCCGGUAUAAAUACUGUCAUGUACUACAGUGCCACUAUAAUCAAAAUGUCAGGUGUCCGGAAACAAAGUGAUGCAAUAUGGUUAGCUGCCGCCACAGCUGGUGUUAAUUUUGUGUUCACUAUAGUGGCAUUGUUCCUUGUAGAGAGAUUGGGAAGAAAAAAACUCAUUAUGGGAAGCUUGUUUGGUGUAUUGCUGAGCUUGAUAGUUUUGGCAGUAGGAUUCCAGUUGGCAGCCUUCCAUUCCCCACCCAUUGCUCAGUCAGAAGAGGGCGAUAACUCUUGCCAUGGCUACCACUAUUGUGAAGAGUGUAUAGAGAAUGUAGAUUGUGGAUUUUGCUACAAUGACUAUGGUCAGGGCGUAGUUAAUGGAUCAUGUCUACCCAAAGAUGGAGAUGAUUCAAGUCAUUCUAAAGUGGGACGGUGUAAUGCUACAACAGGGGAAGAACCGGAUCUGAUAUAUGCAUACCAGUACUGUCCGACAGAUUACUCAUGGAUGGGAAUUGCUGGCCUCGCAAUCUACCUCAUGUUUUUUGCACCAGGUAUGGGACCUAUGCCAUGGACUAUCAACUCAGAGAUUUACCCUCUGUGGGCAAGAAGUACAUGUAACUCAUUAGCUACGGCAACUAACUGGCUAUCUAAUCUAGUUGUCUCAAUGACAUUCCUCACUCUUACAGAAACCAUCACUAAAUAUGGUACAUACUGGUUGUUUGUGGGAAUUGUGGUAAUUGCAUUAGUUUUUAUGGGAAUUACAUUACCUGAAACCAGUGGGACAAAAUUAGAGGAAGUUGAACUGUUGUUUUCUCAACCUCUGUGCAGUUGUUCGAAACCCCCACCCACACAUCACGAGGAGCACACGAAAUAUGUGGAAUAGAUACGAGAUUAUCUCUUCUCUGUGUAAAUCAUGUGGAAAAAAUUAUGUGAUAAACUUUACAUAGCAAAAUAUGACAGUGUUACGAUGAAUUUUAUGAAAUAUUUGGGAUAACGUCAAUCAAAUUAAACCCAGUUACAAAAUUAUGCUAUGCAUUAGGAUCUGACAGUCACCAAUAGAAGGUCACCUUCUCGUGACCUUUCAAUCAAGGAAUUUGUGGACACAAUGGUGUUCAUGAAAAUGGAUCAGUUUCUAUUUUUUAAACCCAGAAACCAAGAAAGGUGUAUGUGAUUUUCAAGAUUUCAUAUAUUACCUGUGAACAAAAAAGGUGGAACCUGAAUCAAUGCUUCCAUACCAAAAAUGAUAGAAUUGAACGUCCCACAUAAAAUAUAUUUAAAAUAAUCUUUGUAUUAAAUUAAAACAUACUUGUCUGACUUCAAUGAGAUUUUUGUAAAUUUCUUCUCUGUAACGGAUGAUUUGAUUGGUUGGCUUAAUUUAUUAGAAAUUUUAAAUUGAUUAGAAGACCAAUGAGUCUGUUACUGAUGAGCAGAUUUACAUGUAAACAUAACAAGAUCUGAACCGUGGUCAGACUGGAAUAAUGUGCUCUUUGUUGUGUAGUUUAAAGGUCGAUUAUUCCCAAGGAAUGCUUUACUUUUUAUUACUCGAAAGCUUUUUUUAUUUUUGGUGACCUGUUUUAUAUUCCAAAAGGUUACUCAUUGGCUAAAUUGCCUUUUGACAAUUAGUGAUAAUGAUUGAGUAUUUUGUAUGGAAGUCAAAAUACUACUUUGUUUACAACAGAUAAUUUUAGAUUACACACUACUUUCUACAGGUGAUAAGCAUCUAGCUUGCUAUAAAAUCAUUAUUUAAUUGCUUAAAACUUAUAAGCUCUUUCUGAAGAAGGGGAAAAUUAGGGAUUUCUGAGGCAUAAUGUGCCUUUAAUGGAGCUUAUACAUGUAUGUUUGAAAUAUCUAAAUAUCAAGACAGUGGAAACAUCUGAAGAGAAUUGUUAGUUACAUAUUUAUAUACAAAUGUUAUUUUUGUCUUUUUGUUUAGGAAUAAUUCUGUUGUAUUGAUUUGAUGAAGAAAACUGUGAUAGAUUUACGCACUUUUUGUUUCAUACACAGUUUAUUACUGAAAUAGGAGAACUAGUGUCUUAAUAUGAAUUUAUCUUUUUAGUACUGAGCAAUGAGUGUAAAGUUUCUUGCCCAAAGAAACAAAGACUUGGCACCUAACGGGGUUUGAACCCAUGUGGCAAGUGAUCAUUAGAUUACUAGUCUGAUGCCUUAACCACCCUGUCAUGCCACCACCAUUUAGUGUUGCCUUUGAUGGAUUUGUGACUUAAUAUUAAAUUAUUUUUUUUUUAGAAAAAUUUGUUGUCUGCCGACAACGAAAACGGCAAACUAAAAUGAAUGACGUGUACAUUUGUACACUGUACUUAAGGGAUUGGUCAUUGUCAAUGACAUUUCAUGUGAUUUACAUUACUUUUUUAUAACUUAUGUAUCUACUAGUCAGAUAUGGGGGAAAGUGCAAAAUAGUCUGGAAAAAAUUUAUAUAAGGUGUAGCAAUAGUUAAAAUAUAAAAUUGGUAGACAUGGUUGAACCAGAGAACUCUUUCUCAAUGUCCGGUGUUUCUCCCUUUAUGUUUGUGCCUUAACCUACUCAAUUUGUUUAACAGUCUUGCUCAGCUUUUCAACAUUCUAUUUUAAUGGAUGUUACAAUCAAAAUACAAAUAUUGAGCUACAGUACCAACAGUAUAGAGCCUGGUCUGACUACACAGAUAUGCAAUCUGGCCUGGUUUAUACUGGUGGCAAAGGCUGAUCACUUUUGGUUUUAGCAGGUGAAGUGCAUUUUUAGAUGGUAUUGAGUGUUGGCAUAGCUAUGCUUGUGUACCAAGUACAAUGUACAUAUAUAAUGCUAAGAAUUAAUAUUUGCAUUAUAUUGAGGGAUAUCUGUUUAAAUGUACAUGUGGUAUUUGUAUGGGAAACAAUAUUUCGAAAGUUUAUUCUGAAAAAAAAAAUGUUUUUGGCCAGUGAUUAUGUGCAAAUUCUACCCCUCCGAAGUUCAUGUAUAAUUGAAAUAAACAUCUUAUUUUCCUAUUAUUGUUAGUGAUUGAAUUAGAAAAAGUAUGAUAGAAAUAACAAAGUUAAUCCAUGGUUAUGAAUAUCAAUUGCACUUCUAAAUAUUUACAUCUUUUUAAACUGUACUGGCAAUUUAUAUACAUGUAUAUCUAAAAUUGAUUCUUUUUAAAUUGUUGUGCAUACAUGUACAUUCAUGACCUUAAUUUGAAAUUAAUGAUACAAGUUGAAUGUUUUUUUGAUCGCCUUUAUUUUAUUUAUGAACAUGUAAAUGUGCAGGUUGUAACAGUAAGGGAAAUGAACACAUUUAUAAUAAUAAAUAUUAUAUUUAUUC